AUGACGAUGAUGUUCUCAGGAGGCUUGGGUGGAGAACAAUCGACUUGUUGGACCUGCCAUGACACACGUGUAGUUUCAGAAUCACAGCCAUCAGCCGUGGGCAGGUCCAGGCCAUACCAGGGUGUGCGAGUCAGGGAUCCUGUCAAAGAGCUGCUGAGGAGGAAGAGGAGCCUGGAGCUUUACAGCACCAAGACACUGCCUCCUACUGGGGACGUGGCCUCACACAACAACCAGCCGUCAUUUACACAAGGUAUCUUUGGCUGUGAUGUUGCCAGCGGAUCCCCGGCCGAGGUGCCGACCGCAGCUGCUGACGGAGGGCUGCAGUGUGCGGGGUGGAAAGCGACGCCUUCUGUCACCAGUCCUGGGCUGCAGGCCGCCGCCAUGUCCUGGUCGACGCCUGACUACAACCAGCAGGACCCCUCAGCUCAGACUCUGACCUACCCGGCCACUCCGACACUUACUAUGCAAACUCUGUGUCCCAGCUACACCAUGCUGACCUACACACACACACCACUGCUGACAAACUUUGGGACCAUACCAGUGGCACCAGCUCCAGCCUCCCUGCCUCAAGUGGAGCUCCAAGACUCAGGGUUGGCCUAUCUUCCUUGGGCCCAGCCACUCACCGCUAUAUCGACCAUGCCUAAUCACGGGGUGCAGUUUGCCCCGGGCUCUGCAGCGCUGCCCGGGUCGCCUCUGGUACACAUGCCGCUGUCCAUGUCGUUGACCACCAUGAUCCCCCAGCUGGAGCCCCAGGGUAUGGACCCUCAGCCCGAGAUCCUGGAGAUCCCCGAGCAUUCAGAGCAGCAAGCUGAAGGUCAGUCUCUGAACGAAGACCCGGAGGUUGAGGCGGAAUCGCCAAACCUACUGGACAAACUUCUCGAGGAUCACAAAGAACGUGGUGAGGAGGAGGACAAGGACUCGUACAGAAGCUCCCUCUUCAUACCCAAUGUCUGAAGAGCAUUUUUUUAAAUAUGAAAUGAGUAUUUUUACCUUUUACAUUUCAUUUUUCCCCUCAGGGGCAAGUGCCUAUUGGCCUUUUUGUGUAACUUGAUUACCACAGAUUCUGUCUAUUAUGAAGCCUUUGAGGUCUAACCUAUCUAACUUACCAAGAUAACCUAUCUAACUUACCCAAACCAAGUGUUUUUAAAAGCAAAUAUAAAAACUGAGCAAGUUAAAAACUCUUCUGGAUUAUUAUGACCUGAGUUUUAUUUUUGUAACUGCUCCUGACUUCCUGUUAUUUUCAUUAUGUUCAUUUGAUUUAUUAGAAAUUAGUUUAGUGUGCAGCAAUA